UGCCAAAAGUGUCAUCUUGUUACAUGGCUGUGCUCACAAUCCUACGGGGUGUGAUCCAACUAAAGAACAAUGGCAGCAGAUUGCUGAAAUUAUUCAACGAAAACAUUUAUUUCCAUUUUUCGAUCUAGCAUACCAAGGUUUUUCAUCGGGGGACUUAGAUGAAGAUGCGUGGUCUAUUCGAUAUUUUGCAGAUACAUUAAAUCUUGAAUUAUUUGUUGCGCAGUCAUUUUCGAAAAACUUGGGUGUUUACUCUGAGCGUAUCGGUCAAUUGAUUGCUUGCUUCCACUCCCCUGAGACAGUACCGAUAUUUCUUUCUCAAAUGGCAUUGGUCGUGUGCAGAAAUUAUUUAACUCCACCACAACGUGGCGCACAAAUUGUAUCAACAGUGUUGAAUACUGAAGCGUUAUAUCAAGAAUGGAUUUUAGAUAUUAGAAGGAUGUGCAGCCGGAUUCAAGCGAUUCGACAAAAGCUUUACACUCGACUCAACGAAUUGGGCACACCUGGCACUUGGACGCAUAUUAUUACACAAACAGGAAUGUUUGCAUUUACUGGUUUAAAUCCUCAACAAUGUCACACAUUAGUGCAC